GCUUGUUGCACAAAAGCAGAUUCGAGAUGCAAAAUGCAGGCAAUGGUAUGAAACGCUCUAGUUCCUCCUGUAGGGUACCGAAAAGGACUGAUGUAAUGUGACUGACAAGAAUAAGGAGGCGAAGUGAAACAUAAAGGGGACCAAGGAGAAAAAGGACUUGCAUUUCCAGUGCCGCCGAAGAUCAGGAUGGCACUGGAAGACUACAGCUAUAAUUACGACCUCAACUAUAGCUACAGUUACGACUAUCCAAAUGAUGACUGUGAUAAGGGACACGUCAUCCAAUUUGGUGCCGUAGCUACUCCAGUCGUCUUCUUUGCAGUGACGGUCCUCAGCCUCAUUGGAAACCUGCUGGUGAUUGUGAUCCUGCUCAAGUAUGAAAACCUCAAGUCCAUCACCAACUGCUUCAUCUUCAACUUGGCUCUGUCAGACCUCAUGUUCACCUUUGGAUUACCCUUCUGGGCAUACUAUCAUUUGGACCAGUGGGUGCUUGGAGACUUCACCUGCAAAGCUGUCAAUUUUGUGUUUUACGCAGGCUUCUACAACAGCUCUUUGUUCUUGACCGUAAUGACUCUGCAAAGGUACAGGGCGGUGCUCCAUCCCCUGUCUGACCGGGGUGAGAAUCGCACACGUUUCGCUCUGUGUUUGUCAGUGGGUGUCUGGGCCAUCAGCCUUGCCUCGGCCGUGCCGGCGACAUUACGCAACAAGGUACAGGUGUAUUAUAACGUGGUUCACUGCCAGUAUGACGAAAUUGGAUGGAAACAUGCAGCGGUGUACCAGCAAAAUUUGUAUUUCUUCAUCGCCUUUGGAAUUAUGUGUUUCUGUUACUACAGAAUACUGAAGACAAUCCUGAAUUCACCGUCAAGUAAGAGAAUUCGGACAGUGAAACUGAUUUUUGUCAUUGUGGUUGUGUUUGUGCUAGGGUGGGCACCAUACAACAUAGUGAUAUUCCUCAGGACCUUUGCAGAUCGUUACCCUUUCAAUGAGUGUGACGUCAGUAUAAACCUGGACUAUGCUUUCUAUGUUUGCCGACUAAUAGCCUUCUCAAAUUGCUGCCUCAAUCCAGUGUUCUACGCCUUCGUCGGAGUAAAGUUUAGAAAACAUCUGAAAGUGAUUUUUCACAAGUUCUCGCCGCCACCACAUGCCAGUCUGGAGUCUCAGCGCACCAGAAUGAUGGUCAUGCCAUCACAAGGGUCUAUGUACUAGCCAGUGUGCCACCACUCAAGGAGAGCCCUUUUCGGAGACUUCUGAUUGGCAUUUUGUGUAUAUCUUCAAGGAGGUGAAAGCCUGAAAGGGAAAGCCCAACUGGGAAACUCCCAACUCCUGUUGCCAUUGUGACACAGCACUCUACAGCACAUAACGAAAUUGCAUUUAUGCCAGCCUCACCCGCGCAAGGGGGCAGCCCGCAAUGGUGACCGAAAGUGAGCGGUGUGGAGGGACAGUGCCAUGCUCAGGGUUCCUCAGUCAUAGAGCAGGAUGGGGAGAGCACUGGCUAAUUACAACCAACUCUGACUCUGAACAGCCUGUUUUGACUUUGAAUCUUUGAAAUGAUGAAAUUGAAGUCAGCACUCAUCUGAACUGAAAAUAAAAUAUGUUUUGGUUAAACACAAGCCUUUCCAUAGAGUGAAAAUGAUAUGACGAAAAGUGAAAAUCUGUGGGUGUGUUUUGACAUUUUUUUAAUUAGCCGGUGACCCUAUUCACUUGCUGAAAAUGCUUAACUACAUCAUAACAACACUGCUAUGACAUUGCAGAGAGCCAUAGUGCUGCGCU